CAAACACAACGCACCUUCGCUAUAUAUACAUGUAUGUGUACGUACUCAGUAUUUGGACCAUUCCCUUGUAUCAUUUCCAUAGGUUUGAGGUCCGCGACAGUAAAAUCAGGUGUGACGGACAUUAGGAAAGCGACAGAGUUUCUCUGAACCGUUCAGUAUUAUUAGAUCGACAUCCAUGUUUACAGCCCGUGUUUGAAUACCUUGGGAUCAGUGAGGAAAAGGGGCAGUAGUCUGAUUAUUUGCUACACGAUGAUGACUAAAACAAAAUUCUAUAGAUAUGACGUCCCGUCCGAUUUUGAUGAGGAAAACGACACGCUGACAUACUAUGUGCUAUGGAAAGGUCUGAAGGAGAGGACAACAUCACAUAUCAUACCACAAGUUACUAAUGCCAAAGGCAUCUUUAAACAUUUCUUUUGGAUACUCAUAACACUAGCUACGUUUGUCGGACUGGGAUACCAUUUAUACACAAUGUUCUACAAAUUUUUUGAAUAUGACGUUGGCGUUAAACUAGAAAUCACGUCAAACUCAACGUUGAAAUUCCCAGCAGUUACCGUUUGCAAUGAAAAUGCUUUUCGGAAAUCGGCCCUGCUAUCCAGCCCUUCUAAAUUACCUACACUCGAUGCCUUUGUUACCAAUGGAACUGUACCGACCACCGGCUUCAACUCUUCGCUGAUUGAUUCUGAGUUAGGCGGGCGUAGUAAUCGUGCAACGCUUAUAGACAAAACAUUGGAAGACAUUUCGGAGUUGACAACUGGAGAAAAACAAGCGCUGGGUCAUCAAAGGUCCGACUUCAUAUUGGACUGCGAGUACGGAGGAUACUCUUGCAACGGAAAGACAUUCGAGUCAUUCUACAGCACAUACAACGGGAACUGUUUCAUUUUCAAUUCGGGAUGGAAUAAUUCAUCAAUUCUCCGGGCGACAGAAUCUGGCCCAAAUUUCGGUUUGUCCUUAACGUUUAACAUCGAGCAGAGCGAAUACGUGGGUGACCUCACUCAGACAGCGGGCGUGCGAGUGCUGGUACACGACCAGGACGUGAUGCCUUUCCCCGAAGACCAAGGUUUCCUCGCUGCACCGGGCGAGAUGACAUUUGUUGGAAUAAAAAUGGUCGAGAUAGAUCGGUAUGGUGGAAGAUAUACCACAUGCAAAAAAACAGACACAUUCAACAUAACUGAAAAUAUGUACCAGGCUUUGUACCCUAGUGUGGGAUACAGUCAAAAAGCAUGCAAGAAAACAUGUUACCAGCGGACUGUGAUAGAAACGUGUAAAUGCGCCUUGUCUAUCUACCCAAGAGUUGAGACGCUUUUCGACUCCACGACGAGUGUGCGGACAUGCGACUCCUUGAAUGCAACGGACGUGGCCUGCACGGUAAAGGUCCAAACCCAGUUCAUCAACGGAGAACUGAAUUGCUCCUGUAUUCAGCCCUGUUCGGCAACAUCAUUUUCAAUUGACACCUCUUCAGCGUACUGGCCCUCGGACGAAUAUGCAACGGAAUUUCUUAGCAACUACAACUCAAAGUCCUCGAUCGUACGUAAAAUUUACAACACCUCGGGAAGUGCCGGUGUCAUGAAAAAUCUUGCAAAAGUUCACAUCUUCUACAAGGAUCUAAAUUAUGAGUACAUAUCUGAAUACGUUUACUAUGACAGUAUCCAAUUUCUAUCAGAUUUUGGGGGAGCAUUAGGACUGUGGCUUGGAUGGUCCGUGGUGACAUUUUUUGAAUUCUUCGAACUGUUUAUGGAUGUACUUGCAUUUAGUUGCCGGUGCGGAAGAAAACGCAAAGUCAGCAGAUCAUCAGUGAAUGACAUAACAUUGAAAGAAAAGGCAUCAUUUUAAUAAAUGAUAAAGUGAAAAUUCCAUGAGCGUCAUGUGCAAUGUAAUUGUGCAUCAUUUAUAUACAUAUAUACAUGCAUGGGCAAGCCAUGCCCAAUUCCAUUUCAGAAAUAAAGCAAUCGCCCAUCAUCUUCCAUCACCCAUGUUCCCCAAAAGAGAGAAAAGACACCAUGUACUUGAGGGGUCAAAUAAUAACGAGGAUUUUCAUUACAACAAAUAUACCUUGUUGUUUUGUAUGUAAGCUGAUCGUUACUUUUUCCACAGUUUCCAUUUUGGCUAAUGUGUUUAUAAUAUGUAAAGUACAGGCCUGAUAACAGCAUCAAGAAAGUAGAUAAAAUGUAAUUUCUUGGUACAAGUAGUAUUCACCAACAUGCAGACAUGUGCUAUUCACUGUACUGGAAGAUGUGGAAACAGAAAAUCUAAGAAAAAUAUGUUUAAAUAUUUUUGUAAUAAAACUGAUGAAAACUUUUGAGUUGUCUUAUGUGUGUGUUUUGCCAUAUGUUUGUUAUGCAAGUUAUAUAUAUAUAUCCCUUUUGAUGGGAAAUGAAAUCUAAAGCAAAGGGAAGAGAUGAAAGUGUAGGUCCCCCCCUCCAACGAAAAUAAUAUUCUAAGAGUGAGAUACACAUCUAUUAGCCAAUGUUUGUAAUAACACAAAUGAUUAAGUGAAAGCAUAAGUUCUAGAAUACAUAUAUCAUAGGAAAUCAAAAAGUUUUACAUCUCAUAGAUUUUUCCAGCCAGAGGGUAUAAUGUACCAUACCUGAGGUUCAUUAAUGUAUUAGGUACUGAUUCCAUGCAUGAUCAUACUGCUCUUUACAAUUGUUUACUUACAAAGCUGUGUGGAAGAGACAUACAGGUACAUCCUUCCCUCCCCCCUUUCUUGGGAUUCAGCUUUACCUGGACAACACAUCAGUCCUUACCAGACCAGUUUUGAUGGAAGAUGUUCUCAAAAUUGGCUAUAUAAUCUCCUCCAUCGUCCACACAAUUCUCCAUACCUAUCCCCCAGCAUCUUCCACCUAUUUCCCAGCUAUGCUGAAGAAACACCUUGAGAGUAAGAGAUGUGCAUAUGAU